AAGAUUUUCGAGUUGCAGAACUUCGAUGGAGAGAAGAGAGAGAGGAGAGAAUUAAUGUCGAGCCGCUCUAAGUUGAGAACCUUAUUUAGUAUACCUACUCUCCUAGUAGCAAUGAAAGUAUUUUCAGAACCUGGAGUGCUACAGUGA